AUCCGUUUCAAACAGAACCCCGCGAGAACAACUGCCGCUGAGAGCUUGUGUAUUAGCUGCGCUCGGAACGCUCUUCGAAUACCCCUCUCAUAAUCGUGACCAAUACUCUGUGCUCGUUUCGUUCAAAAUGGGCGAAUCUAGACAAGAGCUGGUGGCAUGGCUUAACAACCUGCUCCAGUUGAAUCUUACCAAGGUCGAGCAAUGCGGAACGGGUGCGGCCCUCUGCCAGAUUUUCGACAGUAUCUAUCUCGAUGUUCCGAUGUCCAGAGUCAAGUUUAAUGUCAAUACCGAGUACGCAUACCUGCAAAACUUCAAGAUCCUCCAGAGCUGCUUCACGAAACACAACAUUGACCGGCCUGUCAACGUCGAGCAACUUAUCAAAUGCAAGAUGCAAGACAACCUCGAGUUCCUCCAGUGGACCAAGCGAUACUGGGACCAGUACUAUCCUGGAGGUGAAUAUGAUGCAGUUGCUCGACGACGUGGUUCUGGUGCCCCUCCCCCAGCGGCAGCGCCUCGUGCAGCAACUACAGGUGCAGCCAGGAGAGGUACAACACCAACAACAGGCGGACGGGUCGCAAAAGCCGGAAUGGGUGGUGCUAGCUCGCUAGCCUUACAGCAGGAGAAUAAUACACUAAAGGAGACGGUGCAAGGACUAGAGCGCGAGAGGGAUUUCUACUUCAGCAAGCUCCGCGACAUUGAGUUGCUGAUUCAACAAGCGUGCGAGGAAGACCCAGAGAUUGAGAAGCAGGAGGACGGGUUGAUCAAGCACAUCCAGACAAUCUUAUACUCGACGGAAGAUGGCUUUGAGAUUCCGGCCGAGGCCGAGGUGCUUGAUGAUCAGGAGACAUUCUAA